UUUUUACCAACAGAUCAUCCUAAUACGUGGAUUUUAGCUAAAAUGUGGUAUAAUAAUGCUGAUGCCGCUUACCAUCAAUCACUAACACAUCUUGGACUUACGCAUCUUUUAAUGGAGGGAGUAACCGUAGCAACACAUCGCAAUCUUUCACAGUCACAUCCUGCUUUCAAGCUUUUAGCUCCACAUUUUCUGUAUUUGAUAGCUAUCAAUACACGAGGUUUAGAGGUGUUGAUAUCAGAAGGUGGUUGGGUAGAUAAAGUUAUGAACACUGGUAUCAAGGGAAUGUUUGAAUUAAUAAAAAGAGGAAUUGAAAGUUGGUAUUUAGAUGUAGAUGGAACUUUACCAGCAGAUCUGAAAAGACGAGGGGUUAAUACACCAGAGAAAAUAAAUGGUGAUUGGGAAUUACAGAAUUGGGGUAAAGAAUUAGCUUUAUCUAGAGAACAAGGUGGUGUAGGACUACUGGGAAUACCAAAUGACGGAACAUUUAAAACAAUAGAUGAUAUAAGUAAAGUAUUAACAUGUAUUGUAUAUACCUGUAGUGUUUCACAUGCGUCAACUAAUUUCCCUCAAUAUGAAGAAUACGCCUUUACUCCAAAUUAUCCUGGUAUGAUGCGAGGAAAACCACCAAACUCAAAGGACCCCGUAGAAGAAUGCCGGAUCUUGGCCAGUCUACCGGAUAAACUAACAACCCUAGAUAUUAUGGUCGUUACUAAAAUAUUAAGUGGUCGAGGUACCAAAAGUCUCGGUGAUUUUGAAGUUCAGUAUGUUUUUGAUCCGAAAGCCACGGGGAUCGUUGAUGAGUAA